GGGAAGAGUCUUGGACUGUGGCUUUUCUUCAUCUCCCCAAUGCUAUUAUUAAUUAGAGAAAAGGUGUUGUCUUUGGGCUAACAAGUGGUUUUUGGAAACCACCCAUGGUUUUGUGAAACCACUUGCCCCAAAUCUGAACACUGGUUGUGGUGGGGUGGCCUCAAAUUCUUGAGGUUGUGGUGUGUUAAGGUUGUGAGGGUCUGGAUCUGCAAGAACUGGAUGAUCUUUGUUGUCCUGCCAUGGUGAUGUAUGUUGUUUCUGUAUUUGUAUGAAUUCAACUGCUUUCUGUGGACCUCAGGAAAUGUUUUUUUUACAAUGGGGACUGAAUUAUUAGGACCUUGCCUUAAAGAUGAUCCGGAAAGUAUACCACCGGGUUUCAGUCCACAUCCGGCUUUCACCCUGCAGAGGAUCAAAGAGAAUGAUAUGGCUACCGAUCAAACUUCUGAUCCCUUGCGGACAAGCAUGGUGUCAGAAUGUAGCAGUGCAGGUGAUGAGAAGCUUAAGAAGUCCCUACGGCAUAGACCAUCGGUUAACUAUAAAUGUUUUGAUAACAGCUCUGAUGAAGAUGAGCCUGAAACUGCAGUAGUCAAGCAAGAUGGUCCUUCGAAACGCUAUCUGCCAAAAGGGGUUCGUCGGGGGUGUUCUGAAUGUGAUACCUGUCAAAAGGUUUUGGCAAGAUAUCGUCCUGAAGAUGCGUGCAGGCCUGUUCUUGAUGAUGCUCCUGUAUUUUAUCCCAGCGAAGAGGAGUUUAAAGACACCCUCAGAUAUAUUGCAAGCAUACGCCCAAAAGCAGAACAAUAUGGAAUUUGUCGUAUUGUGCCUCCUCCAUCUUGGAGGCCUCCCUGCCCUCUAAAAGAAAAUGAUAUAUGGGAACACUCAAUGUUUGGCACUCGCAUUCAACAGGUGGACAAACUUCAAAAUCGUUCUGUUAAACAACGCUGCCAAAACCACAGCACUAUGAAGAGGAAGAGGAGAAAACUUUCAAGAAUGAGGGAAGACUGUGCUAAUAGAUAUGAAAAAAAUAUUGAAGCUGAUGAAACAGAUUAUAGUAGUGAGGAGAGAUUUGGCUUCGUUGCUGGCCCAAGUUUCACUCUAGAAUCAUUUCAGAAGUAUGCAAAUGAUUUCAGGAGGCAGUAUUUCUGCAAAGAAGAUGCAAAUAUGAUCACAAACCCUGAGCAAACAGAGCCUUCGCUGGAGAAUAUUGAAGGUGAAUACUGGCGGAUUGUGGAGAGGCCAACUGAAGAAAUUGAGGUACUUUAUGGAGCUGAUUUGGAGACAGGAAGUUUUGGAAGUGCUUUUCCUAAAGCAUCCUCCACUCCCUCAGAUUCUGAGUUGAAGGAUCAAUAUGUGGUGUCAGGAUGGAACUUAAAUAACCUUGCUCGGCUUCCAGGCUCCGUUCUUUCAUUUGAAAGCGGGGACAUUUCUGGUGUUUUAGUGCCAUGGUUGUAUAUAGGCAUGUGCUUUUCUUCAUUUUGUUGGCAUGUUGAAGAUCACCAUCUUUAUUCAUUAAAUUAUUUACAUUGGGGUGCUCCAAAAAUUUGGUAUGGAGUCCCAGGAAGAGAUGCUGUAAAAUUAGAGACAGCCAUGAAGAAGCACCUUCCAGAAUUAUUUGAAGAACAACCAGACUUGCUUCAUAACCUUGUUACUCAGUUUUCACCUUCCACUUUAAAAUCAGAAGGGGUGCCUGUUUAUCGUUGUGUUCAGCAGUCAGGCGAGUUUGUUCUUACUUUUCCCCGGGCUUAUCAUUCAGGUUUCAAUACGGGAUUCAACUGUGCGGAGGCCGUAAAUGUAGCACCUGUUGACUGGUUGCCUCACGGUCAGAAUGCGGUUGAGUUAUAUCGGGAGCAAAAGCGCAAGAUAUCGAUUUCACAUGACAAAUUAUUGCUGGGAGCUGCAAAGGAAGCUGUUAGAGCUCAUUGGAAUUCAGCAUUUAUGAAAAAGAAUACAUCUGUUGAGUCCAGAUGGAAAGAUGUCUGUGGACAGGAUGGAAUUCUAGCAAUGGCGCUUAAGGCACGUGUGGAGAUGGAACGCGCAAGCAGGGAUUAUCUUUGCUGUUCUGCUCAGUCAAGAAAAAUGGAUACGGCUUUUGAUGCUAAUGUUGAAAGGGAAUGUUUCUUGUGCCACUAUGAUUUGCACCUUUCUGCUGCUGGUUGUUCAUGCUCUCCAGACAAAUUUGCAUGCCUGAGUCAUGCAAAACAGUUGUGCGGAUGUGAUUGGAAUUCAAGGUUUUUCCUCUUCCGGUAUGAGGUCAGUGAGCUGCAUACCUUAGUGGAUGCUUUGGGGGGAAAGCUGAGUGCAGUUCAUCGGUGGGGAGUUUCCAACCUGGGAUUGAGUUUGACCAAUUGCAUCAACAAAGACAAACCACGAGAAUCCAAGCCUGUCAAUAGAACUGUCUCACAAGAUGCAAAGAAGCAGGUAAAAGAAUUAAUUAAUCAUGGCAUUUCAGCUGGUGAUGAAAAAAAGUGUAGUUUAUCGAAGGAGAUCAAAACACCAAUGUUACAGCCAUCUUCCUCUAAGGCACCAAAAGAGGUGGAGAAGAUGGCAAAUAAUUCAGCUGGUUCAACAAUCAUGCCAGUUGAUCCAUCUUCCCAACAACUACCACCCAAACCAACAAUUGUCACACCUGCUUCAUUGGAGACAUGUCCUCCACAGAGCAGUGCACCACUGGCAAUUGCAGAUCAGAGAAGUCAGUCUAUCAGUCAUAGAAGUACUGCCGCAGGUUCAUCAAGCACUUCAUAUAAUGAGAUUUCAAGAAAAAUUUCCCCAAAUCCUAUUUCUUUGCCAACUACUACAGGUGGUCAAAACUCGAUAUCUUGCUCUAGUCUAGUGUCCAGGGUGAAGAAUCUGAGUGACUCAUCCGUUGUCCUAGGACUUCAUGCAUAUACAGAUAGAUUAGCUUGCAAUAUCAGUGCUAUAUCCUCAUCAAUCAAUGAUGGCAAAGGUGCACAAGUAACCCGCCCAGAUAAAUUGAAUAGAGAGUCCUCUAUGGAAAAACAAGAAUCUGUUGCUAGGCUCAUAAAGUCUGAUGAGAAAGUAAUCUGCGAUUCUCAAACUGAUUCAGUUCUUGUCACGCCUGAAACUAAUGCAUCUACUAUGUGUGAAAGGGAUAUAGAAAUGCUAGAGAAGCCUGAAACUAACGCAUCUGCUAUGUGUGAAAGAGAUAUAGAAAUGCUAGAGAAGCCGGUGGUGAAUCUCGCAAAAGAGUUAGUCACUAAGGUUUUAAAUGAACAGAAAGAAGGAACAUGUCACUCCACCUUGCUGAAACAACCAUUACCAACUGUAUAUUCUCAGAGUGCAUCUCAUGGCACUAACUCAAAUGGAAUAUACAAUGCUAAAGAAAUUUCAGCAUCCAUAUCCAGUAGAGAAGAGAGCUGUGGUCCAAUAUCAAAUGUUUGUAGUCCCUUAAAUCCUCAGCAGUUCACAGGACUCAUACGAGCAAAUACGGAAACCGAAGUUGGGAAGGAUGGAUCAGACCGUGUUCACAAUCUGAUAGAUAAAGGACAAUCUGUCAUUGUUGGAGCAUCAUGUCCACCUAAUAGCAUUGAUAGGCAUAAUAACCAUUCACAGAAAGGCCCUCGCAUGGCAAAAGUAGUGCGGAGAGUCAAAUGCAGUGUUGAGCCAUUGGAAUAUGGGGUUGUGCUUUCUGGAAAAUUAUGGUCUACAAGCCAGACCAUAUUUCCAAGAGGUUAUAGAAGUCGAGUUAGAUACUUAAGCAUAUUAGAUCCAACACAAAUGUGUCACUAUAUAUCAGAGAUACUAGAUGCCGGACUGCUCGGGCCUCUAUUUAUGGUCAAGGUAGAGCAAUGUCCAAGCGAAGUCUUCUUUCAUGUUUCGGCUUCCAAAUGUUGGGAUUUGGUGAGAAUGAGGGUGAAUCUUGAAAUCAUGAGACAGCACAACCUUGGCAAAACUAACCUUCCGUCCUUACAGCCUCAAGGAUCUCUUGACGGUCUUGAAAUGUUUGGAUUAACCUCACCUACAAUCAUGCAGGUGAUCGAGGCAAACGAUCACGAUCGCGUGUGUUCAGAAUACUGGAAAUCUAAGCAACAUUCUGCAAAACCACCAACUCCGUGUCUUAAAGACGGACAAGUAAGCAAAGACGGCCCGUUGCUCGUCGGAACGAAUACGGCACUUUUGAGCUUGUUUAAGAAGGCAAAUCCAGAAGAACUUCGAGUUCUACAAACCAUACUCAGUGAAGACAAUGCAGCUGCCUCAAAAGCCUCAAUCAUUCAAGUUCUUGAUCAAGAGAUCAAGAGACACAAUCCAUUAUAAUCACUCUCUUCCCAUCCAUGAGUUCAGUUUUGUUUGUUUUCCACAGCCUUUAGCCUUACCAUUUUGUUCCAAUUCCAGUACAUAAAUCAUUCAAUUUAUGCAAUGCCACAACAUAAAGAGCAACACAAAGUGUAACUAUUUUUCUCCUUCCCAAAAA